AUAUUUUCUUCAUCGACUAUAAGUGCACUGAUUCAACAUGGGAAAGAUCUUACUGUUGGUAGCUAUCGUGGGGUUCACCCUCGUCGCUAUUGCUGACGCCCAAAGUAAAUGCAAGCUCAACAAGAAGAACGUCAAUAAGAAGGUAAAGCAGUUCGAUGACUGUCUAGAGAAAGGAUACCAAGCGGAUGAGAGUACGGGUUGUUCCGCUACCGGAGAAGGGAGGCUCUCCAAGAAACAGAAGAAGCAGUGUGCUAAGGUAGAAAAAGCUGUGAUGGCUUGUGGACACGCCUGUUCUGAACCUCCAGUUGAUGGUGGGUGGGGUGACUACAGAGACUGGUCUGAAUGUUCUGCUUCCUGCGGAGGAGGCACCAAGACAAGAUCCAGAACUUGUUCUUCUCCUGCUCCUGCCAAUGGCGGUGCUGAGUGUGAAGGAGAUGCUGAAGAGACAGAGGGUUGCAACACUGAACCUUGCCCAGUUGAUGGUGGGUGGAAUAACUACAGAGACUGGUCUGAAUGUUCUGCUUCCUGCGGAGGAGGCACCAAGACAAGAUCCAGAACUUGUUCUUCUCCUGCUCCUGCCAAUGGCGGUGCUGAGUGUGAAGGAGAUGCUGAAGAGACAGAGGGUUGCAACACUGAACCUUGCCCAGUUGAUGGUGGGUGGAGUAACUACGGAGAUUGGUCACAAUGCUCUGCUUCCUGUGCGGGAGGCACCCAGUCCAGAUCCAGAACCUGCACCAACCCUGCUCCAGCAUAUGGUGGAGCAAACUGUCAAGGACAAAAUACAGAGUCACAAAUCUGCAACACCCAAGUUUGCCCACCUAGACUUCCAUCCUGGCCUGGUGACUUUAAAUGGAGCAGUGCUGGAGUUCCAGAUGGUUAUACUUGUAUGAGAGUCAUUGAAUUUGCUGAACCGGAAGGUCACACUUGGCAGGAUAAUUUCUUCUGCUGGAAAAACGGAAUGGCAGAUCCUGGCCUGAGAUGGUCAAUGGCUGGAGCAAUCACCGGUCAGAAAUGUGUAAACAUCGCUGAGGAUGCUGAUCCCCACACUUGGGGGGACAACUUCAUCUGCGUUCCACAGGAUUCUCCUUACAACUUCAAAUGGAAUUCGGCUGGUCCCCUUGCUGGACUUGGUUGCAUCCAAUGGCUGGAAACUGCUGAUCCAGACACCUGGGCAGACAACUAUCUCUGCCACGAAAAUAUGGAGGGCCCCGUUGUAACAGAACCUCUCCCCUCAUGGCCUGGUGACUUCAAAUGGAGCAGUUCUGGAGUUCCAGAUGGUUACACUUGCAUGAGAGUCAUCGAAUUUGCUGAACCGGAAGGUCACACUUGGCAGGAUAAUUUCUUCUGCUGGAAAAACGGAAUGGCAGAUCCUGGCCUGAGAUGGUCAAUGGCUGGAGAAAUCGCCGGUCAGAAAUGUGUAAACAUCGCUGAGGAUGCUGAUCCCCACACUUGGGACGACAACUUUGUGUGUCUUCCCGCUGAUUCUCCGUACGACUUCCAAUGGAACUCCGCUGGUCCCAUUGCUGGUCUUGGUUGCAUUCAAUGGCUGGAAACUGCUGAUCCAGAUACAUGGGCUGACAACUAUCUGUGUAACUAA